AACAACCAUGUAUUCACAAAUCCUGUCUCUCAGUACUUCAAGAAAGGCUUUAGUGACUGCUUGAAUCAUUUGCCCUUGCCCUUUUUAAACCAAGGACAACAACAUUGAUUGGUUUCUUCUUCAGCAUUCACCCUGCUCACUUCUUAGGACAGGUGAAACACAAACCGUUUAUUUGGACAUAUCAGAAGUUGUUUUUUCCUUUAAGUUUGGAUUGCAGUUACAUUUACCAUGGGAUCACUAUACGUUGAACUAACUGCUUAAGUAACCCCUCGUUCAACAUGGCCGUGACUCGUCUGGAGCUGGAGCUACGCUACCAGGGCAAGAAGUUACGUGGCGUGACAUGGAAGUUGACUCGAUCAGAACAUGGUUUCCUACCAGAGAGCUCCUGGAUCAUUGCUGCCCAGGUUAUAGUGCCGUACCUGGUGUCAGGGCUCGGAAUGGUCUCAGCUGGUAUUGUUAUGGACCUUAUACAACACUGGGAGGUGUUUAAGGUGAUAACAGAGGUAUUCAUCCUGGUGCCUGCAUUGGUUGGACUCAAAGGAAACCUGGAAAUGACCCUGGCUGCUCGCCUCUCCACUGCUGCCAACACAGGCCAAAUGGAUGACUCUGGUAACCAAUGGACCAUGAUGUGCAGCAAUCUGGCACUUAUACAGGUUCAGGCGACUGUGGUGGGCUUCCUCGCAGCAGUGGCAGCCGUGUGUUUAGGGGCAAUUUCUAGAGGGGGGUUUGAACUUGACCAGGCAGCUGUUCUCUGUGCUAGCAGCAUCACCACUGCCUUUGUAGCUGCUCUUUCUUUAGGCCUGGUGAUGAUUGGAGUGAUCAUUGGUUCCAGGAAGGUGGGGAUCAACCCUGACAAUGUGGCCACCCCCAUAGCUGCCAGUCUGGGUGAUUUGAUCACCCUGUCCCUGCUGGCUGGGGUCAGCAGCACACUCUAUGAAUAUAUAGAUAUAUGGUACCUGUCCCCCCUGGUGUGUCUGAUCUUCCUGGCUCUGAUCCCACUGUGGGUGAUGGUGGCCCAACAGAGCCCUCAGAUCAAGGAGGUUCUCCGCUCAGGGUGGCAGCCUGUUAUAGUUGCCAUGUCCAUUAGCAGUUUUGGAGGUCUUAUACUGGAUAAGACAGUGAGUGAUCCCAACUUUGAGGGCAUGGCUGUCUUUACGCCCGUCAUUAACGGGGUGGGUGGUAACUUGGUGGCCAUCCAAGCCAGUAGGAUCUCCACCUACCUGCACUUCUGGAGCAUCCCAGGGGUGCUGCCCUACAAGAUGAGACAGCACUGGCCCAAUCCCUGCAUUACCUUCUACUCCUCAGGGGUGAACUCCAAGUCAGCACGAGUACUUCUGAUGUUGGUUAUCCCUGGUCACCUAGCCUUCCUCUAUGCCAUCUCUCUGCUGCAAGGAGAGGAGGCGCCUAUCACUAUAGCCUUCACCAUCUUAUACCUGUGUGCUGCUCUGCUGCAGGUGGCCAUCCUCCUUUACGUUGCUGACCUCGUCAUCCGUGUGAUGUGGAGACGGAGUUUGGACCCUGACAACUUCGCCAUCCCCUACCUGACUGCCCUGGGGGACCUGCUGGGCACUGGCUUUCUGGCCCUCUGCUUCCGCUGCAUCUCACUGGUUCAGAGCCUGGGUCUCUGAAUUUUUCCCCUUUACCCCAGAACUUUUAGCCAGCCUCUCUUGUUUGCACCAUUUUUGUUACAUUUACACAGAGAUGCUUUUGAUUGGACAAUCUGAUGGUUAUCACUGGGCCAGUUCAUACAGAGUAAUCUGUCUUUGUCACAAAUUCAAACCUUUACAACAAUGGAGAGACGGCACAGGUGACAGCCGCCCAUUUACACCCAUCGAUCUGGGUGAAGGGUUUGCUACCUGAACACAUCCAGCCAAUCUAAUUAUUUUAUUUGAGGGCAAAAUACUUCAAGGUAUUAAGGCAUUUUAGUUCUCUGUCCUUUAGAGUAUCUACUUCAGUAUACAGAUUUUUAAUUUUGUAAUCAUUCCUUUUUAUCUGUCAGUUUUUUUUUUUUCCUGCACAACUAAAUAUGAGUUUGGUGGCUCUGUGCUCACCUAGUCUCUCAGCUCCUCUCUUUGGCUUGAUCCGAGGAAUAUGUAGCAAUUUUACAUCAUAGCAGCAAGACUGAAUAAUUGGUCUGUUUGUGGAUUUGUUUGAACUUGUGGAUUGAAUAAACAGACUUAAAGCAGUCCAUGUUUGGAUGGGCUGUACUAUGCAUUAAUGCUAAAGGUUGUGGAGGAUGACAUAUGUAGUAUACUAACUUUAAUUUUCAGUGAUUGUAUGAUGUAUAUGAGUUUGAAAUCACAGUUUAUUUAGAAUAAAUUAAGAAUGAAUGGGACAGAUUUAGUUUUCAUGCAAAUCACAUACCUGUAACACACACCUAUGUUCUGACAGUGUCAUGAUGCAGAGAACAGUGCAGAUCAAACUUCACAUAAGUGGAAACUGAUUUUGUGUAGAAGGUGAAGGUUCAUCAUCAGUUGGUAUACUGCACCUGAAAAAAAUAAUGGGAGAUAACAUAUUUGGUUGUUGUGUUUGUUGGAGAACCAUUAACCAAUGUUUUAGUGAAAUGAGGUUAAGAGCCAAGCAGAACUGACCACAAACACAGUUUGACUGUAGGAGGGUAUCCACCAGCAAGUUCUUGACAGCUAUAAAUUAUGUGUUUGUAUCCAUAAUCCCUACUCUGAUGGCACCUACAUGUACAUACAUGUUUAGAAUGGAAGGUUUAAUAAAAUCAAAAUCCACUAAAACCUUUUGAAAUUGUUCGACAUUUUUGGAAAUACUCUUCGCUUUAUGCCACAUUUACAUAGAUAACAACAAAAGCAAUAAUAACGUGAGAAGAUUGAUAGAGAGCUACAAUGAAACCAGAACUUCGGGUUCUGUUCUAGAAGUAAGAAAACCUCAUUCAAAAUCCCACUGACAUUGAUAAUAACGCAAAUAACAAAAAAUACAGCCUUGAAAUAACAUCACACAACAGUAUGUUGUGUGGUUCACUCCAUAUGUCUAGAAUAAUUAAUAAUAUUUUAUUAUGACUGAGUCCAGUAUCAGUUCAGACAUGUCUUUAAUAAAAGCAGGACAAAGAGGAGCAAACAAUGUAGACAUUUUAAGACAGCAGAGAUUACAGCUCGAAAGUUGACUUAAGGAAAAAUGACUUAAGAAGACAGUGUUGUGGUGAUGUAAGUACUCACGUGUAGUUUUUUUGUAUGCUAACAAAUUACUUGUUUAACUUCUAAUAGUAACUGCUGUAGUGGAUGCCAAUGUGUCAUAAUAUGGACAGUAAUCCCCAGGAACACAUUUCAUGUUUUCAGAAAGACAGAUGAAAGAAAUGCUGAAUGUGAGAUUACACUGAGUUAUAGACGCCAGUGGAACAGAGGCUAGUCUGGAUGUGAUGUCUGGACUUGGGCUUUCUAUACCACUCUUAUGUCUUUAUGCUAAAUGAAGUUAGCGCCAGCUGGCAAUUAACUUAGCAUAAAGACUGGAAGCAGUAGAAAACAUCUAGUGUGGCUCUAUUCAAUGUAAAAUAAAUAAAUAAAUAGUAAUAAAUAAAUAAAAAAAGUUGUGGAUUUGCGAGUAGUUUCAUGCUGUAACUAUUUCUUGCACAGGCCAGUGACUUUAGGAGUCACCACUCGUUGUCUGGCAAUAGUUCCAGCACGUAACUGAUGAAACCUCAACAUGUUUACAUUUUUACUAAUUAAUACAUCACAUUAAUUAGUAAAAUUUAGAGGUGCUGGAAGGCAGAUCUUUAAACUUUGGACGAAGCCAGGCUACCUGCAACCAGUCCUUAUGCUAAGCUAAGAUAACUGCCUGCUGGCUGUAGCUUUAUAUUUAGCGUACAGAUAUGAGUGGUAUCAAUCUUCUCAUCUAACUCUUGGCAAGACAGUGAAUAAGCGUAUUGCCCAAAAUGUAAAAAAAAUUAUUAUUAUUAUUAUUAUUAUUAUUGUUAAUUACACUUUUAAUGAAGUAUGGCAAAAUACCUGAUUGCAAACUUGCACUUUUGUUUUAAUAGCAGUCUAAGGAAAACAAAGUUAAUGUCAACUGUGUCUUAUCUAAAACCUCAUCUACAACUACGUCAAUGUCAUAAAAUAGUAGCUUUGCUAGUAGCGUUGUCUUUUGCUUUCUGUAGGUAAAAUUGUGUACUAAACUUCAAUGUUAACACUUCCACAUUAUGACUUUAGGCUUUUAAAAUGCCUUAUUUUCUAAUCUUGCUGUGUUCAUUGUCACCUGAGCUUCCACACCUACAGUAUGUUGUCUUAUGUGUGCACAAAGAUGAAGUGUGGAAUCAAAAAUGUGACAAAUGUUUGGUGUGUGUUUUAUGUGAUUUUGUGGCUAUCAAUGGUUAUAUUUUAAUAAAAACCAACAUUGUAAUUAAAUCCAUGUUACUUUGCCACCAUCACCUAAAUCAGUCAAAAAAAUACAGUAUGUAUAUGAUUUUAUAAUUUCUUACUUUGGGGCCAUCAGGUGGAAGUAUUAAUAAUGACAAUGUCAACCAUAUUUCCCAGAAAAUCUAAAGAAAAUUCAUCUUAAUGGGCACUCAGG